UAAAGACCAAAAAAGAAAUUAAAAAAACCUGAAUAUCUAGCAGAAACAUAGGUGGAUUAAAACGAAAAAGGAAGGGUAGAAAGAAAAGAAGAAGCUGAAAACAGAAGCAACAAUGGCAGCAGCAAAGAUGACAUUGUCAGUUUUGUUUGGUGGGUUUUUCCUAUUGCUAUUAUAUCUCUACGAGUCUUUGGUUUUGAAGCCAAAAAGGCAGAGAUCAAAGCUUGAAAAGCAAGGGAUCAGAGGGCCUCCUCCUUCAUCAUUUCUCUUGGGAAAUAUCCCAGAAAUUAAAAGCAUCAAAGCCAAGGUGCUGAAGAAUUCAAGAUCUCCAGAAACUAGUAUUUCUCAUGAUUGGCCUUCAACCAUCUUCCCUCAUCUGGUGCAGUAGAAUGAGUAUGGGUCAAUCUUCAUGUAUUCAACUGGAAGCAUACAGCUAGUAAGUGUUUCAGAUGUAGACAUGGUGAAGGAAGUUAGCAUGUGCACAUCUUUAAACUUAGGGAAGCCAGCUUACCUAUCCAAGGACCGGAAGCCGCUGUUAGGCGAAGGAAUUCUAGCUUCAAAUGGCCCGAUUUGGUCCCACCAGAAGAUCAUUGCUCCUCAAUUCUACUCUGAUAAGGUUAAGGGUAUGGUGGAUUUGAUGGUGGACUCUACCACCUCGUUGUUGAGAUCUUGGGAGAGUAAAAUCGAAAGAGAGGGAGGAAUUGCAGUCUUUAGAGUUGAUGAGGAUUUGAGAAGCUUGUCAGCUGACAUAAUAUCACGAUCAUCCUUUGGAAGCGAUUAUUCACAAGGGAAGGAAAUUUUCUUAAAGCUCAGAACUCUUCAAAAAGUCAUGUCCCAGCUGGGAAACAUUGGGAUUCCUGGCUUAAGAUACUUGCCAACAAAAAGCAACAGAGAGAUAUGGAGAUUAGAGAAAGAUAUCCGCUCAAUGAUAUUAAGGGUUGCAAACAAACACAGUAUGGAGGCUACUGAUGAGAAGGACCUUCUGCAAAUGAUACUUGAGGGAGCCAAAAAUUAUGACGAUGCAGAUGGUCUAUUUUCUACUGGUGUCUCUAAAGAAAAGUUUAUUGUAGAUAAUUGCAAAAAUAUAUACUUCGCUGGCCAUGAGACCACCGCCAUCACCGCAUCAUGGAGCUUGAUGUUAUUAGCUGCACAUCCAGAGUGGCAAGCACGUGUUCGUGCUGAGGUGCUAGAGAUUUGCGGGGAUGCUAUUCCAGAUGCUGAUAUGCUUCGAAGCGUGAAAACAUUGAAUAUGGUGAUUCAAGAAACAUUGCGUCUGUACCCACCAGCCGUGUUUGUCAUAAGACAAGCUUUGGAAGAUAUUAAGCUCAAAGACAUUAUAGUUCCCAAAGGAAUGAACAUUCAGAUUCCGAUCCCAAUACUGCAGCGGCUGCCUGAUCUAUGGGGACCCGAUGCCCUCGAUUUCAAUCCAGAAAGAUUCAAGAAUGGAGUUCUUGGGGCUUGCAAGGUUCCUCAAGCUUAUAUGCCAUUUGGAGUGGGUGCUCGCGUUUGCGUGGGGCAACACUUUGCCAUGACAGAAUUGAAGGUGAUUCUGGCUCUUAUCCUAUCCCAGUUUUCCUUCGCACUCUCGCCCACAUACCAACACUGCCCAGCUUUUAGCUUGGUUAUUGAACCUGGAAAUGGUGUAAAUCUUCAUGUGAGGAGAGUGUAAAAAUAUGUCGCCAACGGUCGGUUUUACCAUAGGGCAUAUAGAUCGGCAAACUCUUUAACUUUUUUCUUAUAAUCUCGAUGUAGGAUGCAAUGUGGGAAUGGAUCAUCUGCAAACUCUUAAACUUUUUUUCUUUAAUCGCGAUAUAAGGAUGCAAUGCGGAAAUGGAUCAUUUGCAAACUCUUUAACUUUUCUCA